AUGGAGCCCAGAAGCCCCGGGCAACCCGCUUGGAAAUGGCAAGUACUGAGUUUGCUUUCCCUGUGCGGCUGGGGCUGGGUCUCUGGGCAGAUUCGCUAUUCAGUGGUGGAGGAGUCGGAGCUGGGAACAGUGGUGGGGAAUAUGGCUCAAGAUCUAGGCUUAAAGGUGGCGGAUCUUUCGGGUCGCAGGCUGCGCUUGGGUUCGGAGGAGAACAGACUGUACUUUGCGGUGAGCCUGGCCAGCGGCGCUCUGCUGGUGAAUGAAAAGAUAGACAGAGAGAGCCUCUGCGGAGCCAGCGCGGGGUGUGUGCUGCCGGUGCAGGUCGUCAUAGAAACGCCCCUGGAGCUUUUCCGCCUCGAGGUUGAGAUUCUGGACCUGAAUGACAAUUCGCCCAGCUUUCCCAAUGCCCAGCGCACUGUGAGGAUAGCGGAGUCCGUCACCGUGGCUGCGCGCUUCCCUCUGGAGAGUGCCCAGGACCCGGAUGUGGGGACCAACACUGUCAGCGCCUAUCGGCUCAGCCCCAGCCCGCACUUCUCACUGAAUGUGAAGAAGCUCAAGGACGGCAAACUCUUCCCGGAGCUGGUGCUAGAGCAAGCCCUGGACCGAGAGGAGCAGCGAGAACACCAGCUGGUACUGACUGCCGUUGACGGGGGAAAUCCGGCCAGGUCAGGCACUGCGCAGAUAACCGUGGUUGUUGUGGAUAUCAAUGACAAUGCACCUGUGUUCGACCAGUCUGUCUACAAGGUCAGCGUGCCGGAAAACACCCCUGUGGGCACUCCGCUUAUUCAACUCAAUGCUACUGACCCUGACGAGGGCCCCAGCGGAGAAGUACAGUACUCCUUUGCCGUUCACACUUCCGACUCCGUCCGGAAGUUGUUUUAUUUGGAUCCCCCCACUGGCGCCAUCCGCGUUCAGGGAGUUGUGGAUUUCGAAGAAGCGAGUUUCUAUGAAAUCCACGUAAGAGCCCGAGACAGGGGCGUGCCGGAAAUGGAAGGCCACUGCGUUCUCCAGGUGGAAAUAGAAGACGUCAAUGACAAUUCCCCAGAGGUCCUGCUGACCUCCUUGGUGAACCCAGUGCCAGAAAACACCCUCUUGGAGACCGUGGUGGGGCUUUUCAAUGUGCGAGACCGAGACUCGGGUGCCAAUGGGGAAGUGAGUUUAGGAAUAGCACCAAACCUACCAUUCAAAAUUAAAUCCUUCGAAAACCACUAUGCGCUGAUCACCCGCGAGAAGCUGGACAGAGAAUCCGUCUCUCAAUACACCAUUGAGCUGACUGCCAGAGACGCAGGAUCCCCCUCUCUGACCACCGAGACCACAAUACUUCUGAACAUUUCGGACGUCAAUGACAACCCCCCUCGCUUUUCUCAGACUUCCUACAACGCCUUCCUGAGAGAGAACAACCCCCCGGGCUCCUUGCUCUGCACCUUGUCGGCUUCCGAUCCCGACGAGGGAGAAAAUUCCCGCCUCACUUACUCUAUAGCGAGAAGUCAGAUCCAGGAUGCGCCUGCCUCUUCCUUCGUUCACAUUAACCCGGACAAUGGUAAUGUUUACGCGCAGCGCACUUUUGACUUCGAGUUGCUUCAGGUGCUGCAAAUCCCCGUGGCUGUGCAGGACUCGGGGUCUCCUCCUCAGGACUCCAAUGUUACCGUCUACGUCUUUAUUCUGGAUGAGAACGAUAACGCCCCGCUCAUUUUGCACCCGGUGACUGGCAGCCAGGUCGCAGCGCCCCAAAGGAUACCCCAGUCUGUUCCCGCUGGCUACAUGGUCACCAAAGUCACAGCAGUGGAUGCAGAUUCUGGCCAUAACGCCUGGCUCUCCUAUUCGUUGCUGCCACAGUCUACAGACCCCUCCUUGUUCCGAGUGGCUUCUUACACAGGAGAAAUCCGGACCACCCGGGGCUUCCAAGACACAGACCUGGCCGCGCAGAAAAUCGUCGUGCUAGUCAAGGACAACGGGGACCCAGCUUUAUCCUGCACAGUCACCAUUAUGGUUUCCUUAGAAGACAAAGCGUCGGAGGAAAACUUCAAAUCUCGCGAUUUCCUUACAAACCCCAAAGAUAAGCCCGACCUGACUCUCUAUUUAAUUAUUGCGCUGGUGGCAGUUAGCAUGGUGUGUCUUGUUACUUUCAUCGUAUUCUCUGCAAAGUGCCUCAGGAAAAGAGACAGAUACUCCUGUUGCUGCCUGAGCAACUCACCCUCUAGGGACAUUUUCAAACACUCCAGCCCAAAGCUUCAGCUGAACACGGACGGCACGUUGAAAUACAUGGAGGUGACACUGAGGCCCACAGACUCUCAGAGCCAGUGCUAUAGGACCUGCUUUUCUCCAGGCUCAGACAGAAGUGACUUCACCUUUAUGAGACCUAUGAGUUGUCCCCCGCCUAGUGCCCUAGCGAUGGAAACUGACACUUUCUUAUCUGGUACGAAUACAUCGAAUGAAUCCGGUCAGGUUAAAAACUGCAGGUCCACGGACCUUUGUUACACAGCAGCAACUUCCGCCCAUGGAUUGGUGCUUGUGUUGCUGUCCCGGGAAGGAGGCUGGUGA